GUGUGCAUUCAGUAUAGGAGGAAGAGUGGUUAGUCCUUAUCGUAGUUGCCUAACGCCUAAAAUAGUGGAAGUGCUUGUUUGCACACAAGAUUGGUUAAAAGGAACACCUUUCUCUAUACUUUUUGAUGAGGAUCCUAAAGAACUUGAUAAAUUUGAGCAAGAGAUAACCUCUCAAGAUGAAGUGGGACCUUCAAGUGUUGCUAUUAAUUUGGAUGAUUGAAGUUUUGCCACGAUUUGUUAGUUAUCUAAAGUACAUGAUGAUUCAUACAUUGAAAGCUACAUAAGCACCAUCGGAGUUGAUUUUAAGUUUCAAGGAGUUGGGUGUGAGUGAGGACCUUAUUGAGGUAAUGGAGGAGAUUGGAGGGUUUAUUCCCAGUGAGAUACAAUGUGUGGUUAUUCCUGCUAUCUUGGAAGGGAAGAGUGUGUUGCCGAGUUCACCAUCUGAACCUGACAGAACUUUGGCCUUCUUGUUGCCCCUUAUUCAGUUGCUAAGACGGGAUGGAGAGUUGCUUGGUUCAAAUUCAAAACAUCCACAAGCCAUCGUGCUUUGUGCUACGGAGGAGAAAGCUGCACAGGUGACUCAAUUUCUACUAUGUAUUAUCUCACCGUCUUGUCUAUUUAGUUCUGUAGAGUACCUUCCUGGUAUUUAUGAACUGAUCAUGUUCCUUCAAAAUUUAUUGGCAUUUCAGUGCUUCAAUGCUGCAAAAUAUAUCAUCCAUAACACAAAAUUGAAGUCUGCAAAGGAUUGUGCUUCACCAGAUAAUGGGCAGUCGCAAGCCUCAAUUGGCCUAAUGAUAGGAACACCUUGUGAGAUUCUUCAAUAUAUUGAAGAGGGCAGCAUUGUUCCUUCUGAAAUAAGAUACUUGGUGUUGGAUGAGGCAGAUUGCAUGCUUGGUAGUGGCCUUGGUCCUGAAAUCCAUAAAAUUCUCAGACCAUUACAAGAUCAUGAAUGAAAAUCUGCUGUCAAAAAAUUACAAACUAUUCUGGCCAUUUCAACCAUGGCUGAGGACAGUUUAAUCUUGUUGGUUACUGCUUUAUGAUACAUGUGAUGGCGUGUUAAUACCUUUUGUCUUUAGAAAAGGAUUAUGUGCUGGAGAUUUGAAGUUCUAUUUUGUAUUGAAGAGUUUAUAAAGACUUAUUUUCAGUUUGUAAGUUUUAUUUAGCAUUAUAUUAUAU